AUUUUUCCUUUUAAAAUUCUCCAAAAUACAUGCAUCUCAAAGGCAUUCAUGAGCAUCACCCAAAAGACGAUCGUAACAUACCGGUAAAUGCCGAAAACUUAACACUUUGAUCUUUGUCGAUCUUUCUUAAUUACUAAAUCUGCUACACUUAAUUGUCAUUUUAUGAUAAUGUACGACUAAAUCUAUACGUUAACAUUGUGCAUUCGAAAGGAUUAGAAAACUAACGAAGAGUUCUGAUAAUUCGUUGCUUAAUUCUAUACCAUAUGUAAUAAGGCUGCCGAAUUUACUUACUAAUUUGCAUUCCUUAGGAGGAUAAUUGAAAGCAAAUUUUGAAAUAAAAGAGUGUAGUGUACUGUAACCUAUAUUGAAUACAGUUACAUCCCUUUGUCAUGAAAACACGAAGGUCGUAGCAUAAACAAUCUUUAUUGUUAACUAUGCUGGGGUAUUUAAUAAAAGGAAACGUGAUUGCGCGUGUAAGGAUUUUCUAUCAGACAUGUUCAUGCUACCAUAGCAAGUCAGGUGUGUAUGGUCAUAGACCGAAACCCGUGCAAAGCCCUUUUCAAGUUGAUGAUACACACAAGGCUAAUCGCAAUGCCAACAGUAAUGUGUUUCGUCUGGUGGAAGCAUAUCGGACAUAUGGUCAUCGGAAGGCAACCAUUGAUCCUCUAGGUUUGCAGCAAGUAAUGUUAGACCAGGCUGAGCUAGCACCAGAACGCUAUGGACUGAGUCCUAGUUCCCAGCAAACAAUAGACGUUGCAGGGUUGUUCUACAGUGCAACCGGAAACCAAAUGAUGACUGUUGAUGAGCUGAUAGUCCGUUUGGAGAAAGAGUAUUGCGACACAAUUGGGGCAGAAUUCCAGCACUUGCAGAGUGAGGCUGAAAGGGAGUGGUUUGCAAAGGCCUUUGAGAAGAAGAAUGAUGUCAGUAUAUCAAAUCAUCGGAAAAUUGACCUUGCCAACCUCAUGCUGAAAUGUCAGGCCUUUGAUCACUUCUUGGCUGCCAAGUUCACGACCUUGAAGAGGUAUGGUGGGGAGGGAGGGGAGAGCAUGAUGGCGGUCUUUGAUGAGAUUUUCCGCAAAUGUGCACAGGGGGGCGUUGAUAAUGUGGUGAUAUGCAUGCCACACAGGGGUCGUCUCAACUUCCUCACCUGCAUGCUCAACUUCCCUCCAGUGAGGAUCUUCCAGAAGGUCUCUGGAAUCUCAGAGAUACCACCUGGAUUUAAAGGAACAGGCGAUGUAGUUUCACAUCUGUACACCUCAUCAGAUCUGACUUAUGAAGGAAAAGAUCUUCACGUUUCUUUUAUUCCAAACCCUUCACAUUUAGAGGCCAACAACCCAGUUGCGGUGGGUAAAUGCCGCUCCAAACAGCAGACUCUUCAGGAAGGAGAUUACAGUUCCCAUGGCGACUCACAACAAGGGGACAGAACUCUCUGUCUACAAGUGCAUGGCGAUGCCUCAUUUUCAGCUCAGGGAAUAGUUGCAGAAACGUUUUCAAUAGCCGAGUGUCCACACUACAACACUGGUGGUAGUGUACAUUUCAUUGUGAAUAAUCAGAUCGGCUUCACGACUGAGGCCAGUAGGGGCAGGUCAUCCACCUACAGUAGUGAUCUUGCAAAGAUAAAUGGCUACCCAGUGCUUCAUGUGAACGCAGACUUUCCUGAGGACGUUGUGAAAGCGACAUCUAUUGCGAUGCAGUAUCGUCAGAAGUUCCGUAAAGAUGUGAUCAUAGACUUCAUAUGCUACCGCAAAUAUGGUCACAAUGAGUUGGACGAUCCGUCUUUCACACAACCCAUCAUGUACAAUGCCAUUCGGAACAGGAAAAGUAUCCCAGACUCGUAUGCAGAACAGCUGAAGGGUACUGGUGUCUGUACGGACGCUGAUAUCUCUGCUGUACAACAGAACUGGAGUAAAUUUCUUCACGACAACUUCGCAGCGAUGAACAGCCAGCUAGUCGAGCCGUAUGUGUUCAAGAACCAGUGGGCUGGGUACCGGCAGGCCCCUGGGGCAAUCACCCGCUGGGACACGGGCGUGGCCAUAGACACCCUGAAAUACGUGGGCGCAAAGUCUGUCUCUCUACCCAAAGAUUUUAAUGUUCACCCCACCAUUGGCAAGAACCACUGUGAUAAACGUGUGCAGAGGAUGACAGAAGGCUCCGGUUUAGACUGGGCAGCCGCAGAGGCUCUGGCAUUUGGAUCUCUCAUGCAUGAAGGUUUUAAUGUGCGUAUCAGCGGGCAGGACGUUGGUCGUGGAACUUUCAGUCAUCGUCACGCCAUGCUGGUGGACCAGGUAACAGACGAGAUAUACGUUCCCCUGAAUCACAUGACAGAGAACCAGGCUGGGUUCCUAGAGGUUGCCAAUAGCGCCCUCUCUGAGGAGGCUGUGCUUGGUUACGAGUACGGAAUGAGCAUCGACAGCCCGCGCACUCUGGUCAUCUGGGAGGCGCAGUUUGGGGACUUCUUCAACGGCGCCCAGCCCAUCAUCGAUACCUACAUCACCAGCGGGGAAAAUAAAUGGCUGCUGCAGACAGGCCUGGUGAUGCUGCUUCCCCACGGUAUGGAUGGUGCUGGGCCAGAGCACUCCUCGUGCCGUGUGGAGCGGUUCCUGCAGGCGUGCGAUAGCAGUGAGACCACCGUGGACGGGGAUGAUGUCAACAUUCAGAUUCUUAAUCCGACCACCCCCGCCCAGUACUUCCACCUGCUCCGCAGACAGAUGAUUCGAAACUACCGUAAACCAUUAGUGGUGGUAGCUCCAAAGGUGUUGCUACGACUACCAGCAGCCAGCUCCAGUCUGGCAGAGAUGGCUCCCGGCACCACAUUCCUGCCCGUGAUAGGGGAAUCAGCAAGUGUGAAUGGGGAGAAUGUGCGGCGGGUUGUCUUCUGCUCCGGGAAACACUUCUACCUGCUGCAGAAGGAGAGGGAGGCAAGGAAAGUGCAGGACAUGGCCUUGAUCAGACUGGAGAGCUUGUGUCCAUUCCCAACGGCUGAACUUCAGGCUGAGCUUGCUAAAUUCCCAAAUGCCAAAGAAUUUAUUUGGGCCCAAGAGGAGCAUCGCAACAUGGGAGCAUGGAGUUUUGUAGCCCCAAGGUUCGAGAAUUUGGUAGGAUGCAAGCUGAAGUAUGUGGGUCGUGAUGUGUUAGGACUUCCAGCAGUCGGUAUAGGAAGUAUCCACAAGGUCGAGGCUGAGAAACUUGUGACGGACCUCUACCAGUGAGAUUGGUAUUCGUUGAACAACAUUGGGAUCAGUAUAAACGAGCCUUGUGGCAGAUCUGGGCUUAAUACAUGUGCGUUAAGUGUUGUCUGCACAGGCUAAUCAGGGACAACACUUUUUGCAUAAACUGGAUUUUUGUUCAGGAAAACUUUCUUUAACUCUUCCAGUGCUGGAACCAAAUUUUGAAGGCCUUUGCAAACAGUUUGGAUCCAGAUGAGACGCCACAGAACGUGGCGUCUCAUCAGGAUCCAAACUGUUUGCUAUUCUGAUAGUAUUCUUCGAAAAAAAAUCAAACAAAUGCUAAUUUUAGAAAUUCAGCAGACAACAUUUUUGCAGAAGACAAAUUUCCCAGCAUGCAAAGGGUUAAACUAAGAAUUUUAUAAAAGUGAAAAGUGUUAUCUCUGAUAAGCCUAUGCGGACUGCGCAGGCUAAUCUGGGGCGACACUUAAUGCACAUGCCUUAAGCCCAAUUUUUCUAGAAUUGGCUCAAAUUUUAAACAUGAUGUUAGAUCUGUAUAUGUGUGAUUUGUCUUUCCAUAUUGUUGAACAUACUUAAUGACAUUGAAUUCUUUAUAUGUGUGAUUUAUGUUUGUUAAAAUACAGUUUAUGUCUCACAUGUACAGGGUUGUUUUUAAACAGGGUUUGAAGUGUGUUUUUUGGGAUGUGGCUGAGGUCUUUUGAUUUAAGAAAUUUGUUGUUGUUUUGACUAACAUUUAGGUAUAGUUUUUUGUUUGUUAUUUUUGCUAUAAAAUUCUUGAAAAUAAUUGAAGUGUUUUCAAAAUUAUAUUCACUAAGGCUCAACUUAGUUAUUAAACAAAGUGUUUGCUUUGGAGAUUUUCAAUUUUGGAAAAAUAUGCCCUUUCUGAGAAAGGGAACAGGGCCUCAUGUCUGCCCAAAAUUGGACAAAAAAAACAUCAUCUUUAUUUUAGUUCUGUGUGUUGUUGACCUAAAUGUUGGAAGACAUGUGGUGUACUUUUUUUAAUCAGUAUUUUUUUGCAACUGAAGGUUUACUUGUGAUGAACGAUUUGAUAUAUAUAGAUAAUCUAUGCUGAUUAUAUAUAUAUAU